AUGUCAGAACAGGUAGAAGUUGCAGAAGCUGUCCCACUUCCUGAUGCCAGAAACAAAUUUCCAAACCCAUUAGCCAAUUUCAGUAAAGGUUUGGGCUACCCCGAAUGGCAUCCAAUUGAUACCCGUAAAGAAGUUGGUCAAUUAUUCAAAUUUGGGUUUUAUUCAACCGUCGGAUCAUACGCCUUUUUGUAUAUUUGGAAAAGAACCACUUUCAAAUUGGAAAUCCCCAUUGCCGCAAUCACGUUCCUAACAGUUGCCAAAGGUGUACAAUCAUCAGUAGCUAAUUUAAGAGAAAAGAAUGAUUGCUGGAAUACAUUUUGGGGAUUAACUGCUGCCAAUACGGUCGUUUUGAGUGCGGCUUUUAGAUCUAUGCCACCAAAACACAAGAUAAUAACGGGUGCUUUGGGUACUUCAUUAGCAACUAUUGUUGACCGUGCGUACUGGGCUCAAUCUACAAGUAGUCCAACUGCAGAUGCCAAAUAUGAAUUGGCUAAUGAAAACAAAGAUUUGCCAAAACAAGGAUUCUGGGAUGUUUGGCAAAGAAGACCCAUUACUCAAACAGUGGAGGAGUUGGGUGUUGGACGUGGUAUUUUCAAACCUUGA